AUGAUAGUAAAAUACUUUUAAUCAAUUAAUUAAAAUACUUUAAAAACUGUAGAAUUAAUUCAAUAAUAUGUGGAUAUCAACUAUGCCUUAAUUGCUUAUGAUAAAUAAUAAUAUAAAGAAGUUGUACAAUAUUCACUUUAAGAUCCUAAAUCAUUCCUAAAUAAAAGUUUAAAUUUUCAAAGCCUUUUCUAAAAGGAAAUCAGUUACAAACUUAAAUUUAAGAAGAAAAAUAAAUUUUUUUCGAAAAUGAUUCCAUAGUGAUAACCAAAGACAAUUAUUAGGAUUCAAUAUCAUCAGAAAAUGUUUCAGUUUUAUUGAAGAACUUAGAAAACACUACUUUUAAUGUAGAAGGAUCAUUAGAUACAUUUUAUUUACAUAAUCUAGUUAAAGUAAAAGUGAAAUUUG